CUUGUUACCAAAGUUCAUUCAUUCAUGGUGCCUUUGGAAUGGUCUGCAGUUACAGUCUUUGAUUGAGUUGAUUGGCUCUUUGGAGUGAAGAGAAAAGCAAGUGGUCUAUAUAUUCGGAACAAAUACAACAAAGGAAUUGAGAGCUUUGCUGCAAGAUAGGACCAUUGAAAAAAUGUCGGCUUCCGUCAUGCGAAGGCAUUCUACAAGUGUCAUCGAUCAUGAAAAUAAACUGAAUGCUUGGCAGGAGUCACCCCAACUAUCACAUCAUAAUCAGGGAAGACAGAAUGAAGAGAAUUCCUCAUCCACUGAAGAGAUUCCCAAUCAAAAGCCAACCGCAGCGCUUGUCAAGGAGAUUGCAGCUCUUGAGCUGGAAGUAAUAAAUUUGGAACGGCACCUCCUCUCAUUGUAUCGCUCUGUUUUUUAUCAAUGUCAUGCAAACUCAGCCGCAAAAAUCAACCAGAGUUCUCCAUUAGAAUUUGAAGAUGAAUCUGUACAAGUCGGAGAAACUUUUCAUGCAAAUUCUUAUCAACAGUUUGGCAGAAAAAAUCAUUCACAUUGCAAUUGUGAUGGAAUCAAGAAGAACAGAGCUUCUGAUUGCAAGCAAAUUGAAAAGUCUCCGACUCAGGAUUUUCCUACAAAUUUUCCUUUAUGCAGAGAAGCUAAGAUUGAUAUAAAGAGAAGCUUUUCUGCACGUCGAACCCUUGCAGAUCAUCUGGGUACUUCUACUCUCAUAGAUAAUCUAGCUGACAAAUCUUGCAGACUUUCCGAAGAUAUUUUGAGAUGUGUUGCAGCUAUCUACUGCAAACUCUCAAAUCCACCUAUACGACAGACUCAGCUAUUCAACUCAGCAACUCCGUCAGCAUCCCCUUCAAGUUCAUUCUCACCACAAAAUCUAAGUGAUAAUUGGAGCCCUCAAUGCAACAAUGAUGUCGCAUCUAGCCCAUUGCGGUUUGAAUCAGUGACAGAUAAGUCUAGCUCAUGCAUUAGCAUGAUUGAAGUUCCAAAGAUAAGUGUAGACGGUGAGAGAUUUGAUUAUGCCUCUAAGAUGCUAAAUAUAUUCAGAUCCCUUAUACAGCAACUUGAAACUGUCAAUCCUAGCAAGAUGAAACAUGAGGAGCAACUUGCAUUCUGGAUAAACAUUCACAAUGCUUUGGUUAUGCAUGCAUUUUUAGCAUAUGGGCUUCAUCAAAACCAAAUGAAAAGCAGCACAUUAUCAAUCCUAAAGGCAGCGUACAAUAUCGGCGGAUGUUCUGUAAACGCUUAUGAUAUUCAAAGCUCAAUAUUAAGAUGCCAACCUCAUCGUUCAGCGCUGUGGCUACGUGUAAUAUUCUCACCAACAAUGAAAUUCACAAAAGCAAAUGACAAGCACAAGUACACAAUUGAUCAUCCUGAGCCACUAGUUCAUUUUGCUCUUUCCUUAGGAGCACAUUCAGAUCCCGGAGUUCGAGUAUAUACAUCCAAAAAUGUGCUACAAGAGCUCAAACUAGCAAAACAAGAGUACAUUCAAGCAAAUGUCUCAAUUAGAAAAGGGAACAAAAUCACCAUGCCAAAACUUUUAUAUCACUAUGCAAAAGAUGCAAAUCUAGAGUUAUCAGACAUUAUAGAGACAAUCUGCAACUGCAUGCCAGAAACAAGACAGACACACAUGCAAAGAAAUUUCAAAGGAAGUUUUGACAAGCAUAUAAAAUGGUCAUCAUACAAAUCAACAUUCAGAUAUCUUGUACACAGAGAUUUAGCCAAAGAUUCAGAAUGAUUAUUCAAGCUUUCAUCCGAUUGACAAGUAAA